GUUGCCUUUUGCCUUACUUGUUAGCUCGUUGCACACUUUAACCGCACGUUUCUCAAUUCUAUUUUAAAUUCACACUGUUUGUCGGCACCACAGAGACUGUAGACACAACUCAUCAAAAGGAACACACAUACAAUGCCUAAAGCCACAAAGCGGUCGAAGUCGCUCCUCGAGCAAAUCGCCGAUAUGACAGACCCUCGGCCGAAAGACCUGGACAUUGAGAAUGACGGCAUUAACGACAACGCCUACAUUGGAUCUGACUCGGACAGCGAAGAGUCUGAGGACGAGGAUUUGAAGCGUGAGCAUUACGUUUCAGUAGGGAAGAGCAAGAUACGCCAAAACCAGGGGAUUGGAGAGCUUGGGCCAAAGUACAUGGGAUCGCGGAUCAGCCGCAAGGAUCUCUAUGAGGGCCAGGGCAUCAGUGAAGACGAGGAAGACGGUGUCCAAUUGGAUUCUGAAGACGAUGAUGAUGAGGAGCUAGCUUCUGAUGAUGCUGACGAUAGCGACGAUAGCGACGACGAGUUGCCGACACAAAAAAAGGGCACCGCAAGCUCCGACGACAGUGACUCUGAAAGCGAUGAAGAACGGAUGGGCGUGUUUGGCGCAGGCAGCGAUGGUGAGGACAUCUCAGCAGAGUCGCGCAACCGUAUCCGCGACGAGAUCAAAAAGCUGGAAGAUGGCGAGAAGGCGCUGCUGAAGACCAUCACGCAGACAGCGCGCAGCGACAUCGAGAAAGGGAAGCAUGUAUUGAACCAGACACGCAUGUGGGAGGGAGCCCUGGACGCGCGCAUUCGCAUGCAAAAGCUGGUGACCGCGGCCAACGAGCUGCCACGGCCUGAUCUAUUCUCCGAGAUCGUGGCGCAGGUGGCUGACUCGGAGGACGCGGAUGAGAGGCUCGAGGGUGCGCGGCUGUCUGUGCAGCAGCUGCUCGGUUCAUUGAUUGAGCUGCGGCAGACGCUCGCGGCGCAGAACAAUGCGGUCAAACAGGCCCAGACUGGAUCCAAGCGCCCGGCGCAGGAUGACGGCGACGACCUCGAGACCUCGUGGGGUGAGCUCGAGGAGCUGCGCGACUCAUUCCAUGGGUUCCGCGACGCGUCGUUGGAGAAAUGGAGCAACCGUGUGCAAGUGUCGGCCAGCAUCAACGCAACCAAGAAGUUUAAGGCUGUCAACCAGGGCAUUAUUCACCAGAUCGACCAGGCCCUGGCAGCCAAGGAGCGGCUGGUCGAGCGCACGCAGCUUAAGCGUACCGAGUACACUGUCAUUGGCGAGCUGGUCCAAGAGCCUGCAACCGAGAAGAACGCGGUUGUCGACGCGCAUCUGCGUGACCUAGAUGUCGAAAUCUUUGAUGACUCCGACUUUUACCAGCAGCUUUUGCGCGAGCUAAUUGAGAGCCGUAUGGUUGACUCGAACGACCCGACGGCAUCGCUGGGCACGCGCUGGGCGGCAGUCAACCAGCAGUCGCGCAUCAAGAAGCGUGUGGUCGACACGAGGGCGUCCAAGGGCCGCAAGAUCCGCUAUCACGUGAUGGAGAAGCUGCAGAACUUUAUGCCGCCCAUUCCCACCGGUACGUGGCACGAGGACAUGGUCAACGAGCUGUUCUCGUCGCUGCUGGGCCAGCGCGUGCCGCAGUCCAUCCUGGAUGCCGAGGGUGAGUCUUUGGCCACGCAGACCAACGACAUCAGCGCCGACAUCAAGGGCCUGCGCCUGUUUGGAUAGACAGUGUUGGCCAUAUAGACUAGCAUUGAGGGGUUUGUAUGCAUAAUGGCGCUUUGUUUUAUUUUUGGCCUUUUAAACUUGUGCUCGUUGUCGCAUUUCCUUUCCUUUCCUACAAUAACAUUCUGUUCAUUUUUAGCUAUUUUUGUUGUUUCAAAAUGCCAUCCGCAGAUCAGGCUGGCUCCAUCAGCAAGCUUAGCGCCGAGACAUCGCGGCAUAUCCAGUCAGCCUACGAGAUAUCCUCGCCGCUAUGUGUCGUGCAAGAACUUGUGAGGAAUUCCACAGAGGCAGCAUCAAACAAGAUCAGCGUCCAGAUAUCUGCCAACGGCCUCGAGUGCAUUCAGGUUGGUUUAAAUAGAAUACUUUUUUAUCUAAAC